AUGAAGCAUCCCAGGAGAUCUGUUGCACUCAGAGCAUUUGGUAAGAACCCUUCCAAGUUCCACAGCUGCCACUGGAAGUCCAAUGGACUGGGGACCCAUUACUACCCCAAACUCCCGCCUGUUGAAUUGCAGUCCUCUUCUACCUGCAGGCCGUAUGAAGCUCAGGGACACAGUGCCAAAGGAGAAAAUGUCUAUGAAUUUCACCUGGAGUUCUUAGACCUCGUGAAGCCAGAGCCGGCAUACAGGCUGACCCAGAGGCAGGUGAACAUCACAGUCCAGAAGAAGGGGAGUCAUUGGUGGGAGAGGCUCACCAAGCAGGAGAAGCGCCCACUGUUUUUGGCCCCUGACUUUGAUCGCUGGCUGGAUGAAUCUGAUGCAGAAAUGGAGCUGAGAGCCAAGGAGGAAGAACGCCUAAAUAAACUCAGACUAGAAAGCGAAGGCUCCCCUGAAACUCUUACCAACUUGAAGAAAGGGUACCUUUUCAUGUAUAACCUCGUGCAGCUCCUGGGCUUCUCCUGGAUCUUUGUCAACAUCACAGUGCGGUUCUUUAUUUUGGGAAAAGAUCCUGCUGGAGGCUGACCGGAGCAGGCCCAG